AAAUUCACUGAUAAGAUUUUGACCACUUCCUAUGACUAAAACUGGCUUAUCCCUCAUUAUCAGUGUUAUUUUCCUGGAAAGCAGUUCCAAGUUUUAACUAGUGGAAUCCAUGACACAGGAUGUCGCUGACAAUACUACUAGUGGUGGCAACCUGUGUCAUUGAGGGAUUGUUGUGGAGAGCUUCAGCUGUGCCGUUUUAUUUUCCGAGAAAAUUGUGAGUUGAAGCACUUGCACAACACAUUCUCUGCAUCCUGUAAUGGAGGAAGGGCUAAGGAAAAGAACUUGGUUUUUACUGGAAAACACACCCUGUAUAUGACGGAAAUAAAUAUGACGAACUUCCAAAGUGUAAAGUUUGACUCAUCGGUGAACUUAACUCGAAUCAUCGUGUCAAAGACUUCUCGAGUUUCACUGUUCUUGAGUAACCCACAUUUGACAGAUCUGCAGAUUGACAAUGUAGAUGAGCUGACACUAGAGUACAAACACAGAAGAGUCCCUCUGGAAGUACCUUAUAUAAAGAAUAUGACCUUAAAGAACAUCAAUACCCUUCGCUUGAUCAGCGACAUGCAGGAGUUUGUGUGGCCGAUCAGCACGAUCAAUCUGAUCAACAUUCUCGACAUGGACCUCGGCUCUUCAUUGUUGAAGAUGUUCGCAGAACAUGUGGUCAUAACCAAGACUAAAAUCCGUUUACACAAUAAGACAUCUUUGGUACUCAGUGCUUCAUCGAUUGCCAUAGAGAACUCCUUCUUAUACAUCCACGAGAAUGGCUUCUUGAACGUCACCGCCAAUCAGACCAUAGUGAGGGAUUCACACGUCAACUUAGAAGACGGAUACCUCAACUUGGUUGACGCGAGAGAGGUCUUAUUUAAAAAGAACUCCCUGCAUGGAUUCAACAACAGGCCUCUUUUAGUUCACGACAACAUCACUGUGAGAUUUGAAGAAAAUGACAUUUUCACUCACGACAUUGGCGGCGUUCUGAGUUUGAGCAAAUGGAAAGUAAUUUUCAAAGGCAACAAUUUUGGGUGCGACAAUUGCCCCGAUAACAGGCGUCUUUUAGACAGUGAUCUUCAAGACUUAGGGUAUGUGAACUACUGCUACACAAACUGCAACGUCACCCUGAACGCUUUCAAGAAAUAUUUAGCAGACAGCUGCUUUUGCCUCGAGGGUGUACAGCAGGUUGCAGAUCUAGAACGAUUGUGCUCUUCAAAUACGACUAUGAAAUGUCCAAAAGUGUUGAAAGACCUACCUUUGUGGUUCCAAAGAGGUAAGCGCCUUAUUUGGUGGUUCCUGAUUGUAUUAAUUCCUCUAUUGUUGAUUGCAUCCCUGGUGUUCUGGGUGUCCUGUAUCUGGUGUAAGAAAAAGCCAAAGUGUGAGCAGCCACAACAGACAACAGCAUUUAAUAACGCAUGCUACGAUAAAUGCUUAUACGAGCAUCAUCAUUACGAAGAAGUGAAGCCUGAAACUGCAAAUAAACUGUGAUAUUUUUGUCUUAUUUGUUACUUUAAAUAUAAAUAGAAUAGCUUUCAUGUACACUGUAUUUACAGAUAAGGUUGUAUUAAUACAAUAAAAAUCUAUUUUCUUAUAGCA